UAAAAAAAACAAUAGUAGAAAAAGAGAGAGACAAUACCGAGAUGGAGGAUUUCCAGUCUCCUAGAAUACGAUCUUACAAAUCGUAUGAAGGAGAUCGGAACCUCCAAUUGGUUGAUCCUGCCGAUUUAAAACCGGUGAGAGGGAUUUACGUUGUUAGGGAAUCAAAACGCAACCGAUCUCCCAUGACAUCGGAUCUAUGGCGCAAGAUCUCUUACAAAGACCUGCCCGUUAGACCGAGAAGAGCUUCUUCUCAUUCAACAUCGUUAAAAGGAUGGUGGAACGAUCCGGAGAUGAAGAGAAAGAGACGAGUGGCGAAGUACAAGAUUUAUUCAGUCGAAGGAAAGAUGAAGACAUCUUGGAGAAAGAGCUACAAGUGGAUUAAGGUCCAAUGCUCGAAGAUUAUUCAUGGAAUAUAGCUCUCCAAUGUAUAUCAUCUGUUCAGUAGUUUGAUUUUAAAGGGAAACUAAAGCCAUGCAUGCAUAUAUGUAUUUUAUUCA